GAUAUCAUUAUGCAUCAGUAAAAUGAAAAAGCAAAGGAAAAUUCUAUGGAGGAAAGGAAUCCACUUAGCCUUUUCUGAGAAAUGGAAUACUGGGUUUGGAGGCUUUAAGAAGUUCUAUUUUCACCAACACUUGUGCAUUCUAAAAUCUAAGCUAGGAAGGCCAACUACUUGGAAUAAACAGUUGAGGCAUUUCCGGUGUAGAAACAAGGCCCUUCAAGUCCAGAAAACAUGGAUCCAUGAUGAACCCCUUUGUGCUCAGACUAAGUUCGAUGUGGCUACUCAGAAUGUUAGUUCUUUGUCCUCUAAAGUGAAAAGAAAGGACACUAAACAUUUCAUUUCUUCCUCAAGGAAUCUCCUGAAGCUCCAAGCAGAGAAGUUGCUGUCAUCAGCAAGGAAUUCUGACCAUGAAUACUGCAGAGAGAAAAGUCUCUUGAAGGCAGUUGCUGACUUUCCAGCAAAUAGUGUUUUAGGUCAGGCCAAUGGUCACAGACCUAGGACAGAGCCACAAGUUUCUGACUUUCCCAUGAAGUUCAAUGGGGAGAGCCAAAGUCCAGGUGAUAGUGGCACAAUUGUGGUCACUUUGAGCAACCAUAAGAGAAAGCGCUUUUGUUAUGGCUGCUACCAAGGGCCGGAGUGCCACAGGAGUGGGGGACCCCUAAUUUCAAGAAAGUUCCAACUUAACCAACAUAGAAGAAUAAAAGUAUCUCCUCUUAUGAUGUAUGAGAAAUUAUCCAUGAUUAGAUUUCGGUACAGGAUUCUCAGAUCCCAGCACUUCAGAACAAAAAGCAAAGUUUGUAAGCUAAGAAAAGCCCAGCGAAGCUGGGUACAGAAGGUCACUGGGGACCAUCAAGAGACUCUUAAGGAGAACGUCAGCGAGGGUGACAGUGGCAGCGCAUUUCCUCCCCCAGAACCUAAAGACUCUUCUUGUCGGCAUCAGCCGUGCUUUCCAGAUAUGGACAGCAGUGCUGUGGUGAAGGGAAAGAACUCUCAUAUGCCUGAUGGCCGUACUAAAGGAAGCCCUUUCUUGGGCAAGGAGCUUAGUUUAGAUGAAGCAUUCCCUGACCAACAGAAUGGCAGAGCCACAUAUGCCUGGGACCAGUCGCCCUGUUCCUCUCCUAAGUGGGAGUGUACAGAGCUGAUUCGUGACAUCCCCUUAUCAGAACAUAAUUCUGGUAACAUGUUCAGCUCAGAAACUGAAAGAGAAACUAUGACUCUGGGUCAGGAAAAUCGGACAAGUACUGUCAGUGAUGACAGAAUAAAACUGUCAGUGUCUGGAGCAGGUAAACUUGUAAGUAGUGUGGAUGGGCCUGUGUCCGAAGAGACUGUUCAAAGUGAGAACUCAUACCAGAUGGAGGCGGAUGGAUCUCUCAAGCAGAACAUUCUUAGUUCUAAGUUGCUGGACCACCCUUACUGUAAAAGUCCACUGGAGGCUCCUCUGGUGUGCAGUGAAGUCAAACUAGAAAAUGAAGCAGGAGGUGGAAAGAACAGUGAAAAAGCAUCUCCAGUGGAUGAUGAGCAACUGUCAGUCUGUCUUUCUGGAUUCCUGGAUGAGGUUAUGAAGAAGUAUGGCAGUUUGGUUCCACUCAGUGAAAAAGAUGUCCUUGGACGAUUAAAAGAUGUCUUUAAUGAAGACUUUUCUAACAGAAAACCAUUUAUCAAUAGAGAAAUAACAAACUAUCGGGCCAAACAUCAAAAAUGCAACUUCCGCAUUUUCUACAAUAAGCAUAUGCUGGAUAUGGAUGACCUGGCCACCCUAGAUGGCCAGAACUGGCUGAAUGACCAGGUCAUUAAUAUGUAUGGCGAGUUGAUAAUGGACGCAGUCCCAGACAAAGUUCAUUUCUUCAACAGCUUUUUUCAUAGACAGCUGGUAACCAAAGGAUAUAAUGGAGUAAAAAGAUGGACUAAAAAGGUGGAUUUGUUUAAAAAGAGUCUUCUGUUGAUUCCUAUUCACCUGGAAGUCCACUGGUCUCUCAUUACUGUGACACUCUCUAAUCGAAUUAUCUCAUUUUAUGAUUCCCAAGGCAUUCAUUUUAAGUUUUGUGUAGAGAAUAUAAGAAAGUAUUUGCUGACUGAAGCCAGAGAAAAAAAUAGACCUGAAUUUCUUCAGGGUUGGCAGACUGCUGUUACGAAGUGUAUUCCACAACAGAAAAAUGACAGUGACUGUGGAGUCUUUGUGCUCCAGUACUGCAAGUGCCUCGCCUUAGAGCAGCCUUUCCAAUUUUCACAAGAAGACAUGCCCCGAGUGCGGAAGAGGAUUUACAAGGAGCUUUGUGAGUGCCGGCUCAUGGACUGAAAUUCAGCAGGGACUCUGGGAAGUCUGACCAAGUUGGAGCAGAUGGUUUGUUACUUGAAUCUCCAAACACUUAUUUGAAUUUUUACAGAUAUUUCAGAUCAGUGGUGUUGGGCCACUAUUGUUACCUCAAAUUUAUUUUUUACCCUUAUUCAUUUCUCCAGCUACCAUGUUCUGUUGUUUAAUGUUCAGUUUGGUUUCAUUUUUAAUUUUAUGGAUUCUGUGCAUUCCCCCCAUAUUUAAUAUUUAUUAUCCAAACGCAUGCAUAUAGACAGAGCAUGCAGUGAAGAGUAUUAAAAAAAAGCUUAGUAGAUUUGGUGCAGCUUUUGAAACUUAGUUAGACAUGAACUGAAUACAGGUUUCAAAUUUAAUCUCAGAACCUAAAAACGCGAGAUGUUUUUAAUACAGCAUAAUUCUGAGAAUAGUAGAUGUUCCCUGAGGCAUAAAGGAUAGCUAGGAGUGGUUUUGACAAGCCAGUCCUGUUUUAUUUUAACCAGUGGCACCUUUCACUCUCUUCCCUCUCCAAGUGAGUUUUGCAGAGAUGCGUUCCUUUGGAAGGGCGAGAUGGAAGUGGCCGUAAACUGACUGGUGUGUCUGUUUAUGGAGGCACACUUGCUGUAAGCACAGUGCCUGCUUUGGGAAGAGUCGACCAAGGUAUGAGAAAAAGACAGCGACCUUAAGGGCCAAUUACCUUAAUGAGAGGUUUCAGUCUUGGUUUUAAGAAUUAUAAUAUAUGGCCUUUAUCUCAUAAAGGCUUUUGCUGGGACACUAAAUUCCCUGGAUUUUUCUGUUUUUGACCUGUUAAAAAAACUUAACAUCCAUCAAACUACUGGUCAAACAAAUGAGAAUUUAGCCUUUCUAGGAGUAAUUUGCAAGUUGUCCCUUUUGUUACCUCCCAUAUGGAAGAAGUUAGGAUUUACCAAAUAGAGUUCUAUUUCAAAGGUAUCUGAAAUAUAAAUAUUCAAAAUCAGACUGAUUUUGUCUUUUGCAGAUAUGUGGGGAGAAGAGGAAAGGUAAUAAAGAUACCUUGAUUCCAUGGGAAUGCAGCAAAUGUGUUAGAGGCUUUUGUUCUCCUAUCCCUUUAAUGUUAUCAGCAACAUGCAGGGCUCUUUGGCGUCUGUGUGACCAAUCCAGACUAGCAGAGUUCUUUUUUCCUCUUCUUUUGAACUCUGUCUUCUGAGGAAAGGCCAAAGUGACCUUGUCCAUACACUUAGCUGCAUUAGGGUUGAAAUAACAGACCUUACAUCUUUAAUUUGGCCUUUUAGGACAUGUUUGAAAGAAAAGGCGUAUGUUAAACAUACCCAACCAUCUUUUCUGAACCAGAGGAGGAAAAACAGCAAAUGUAUGUGUGAAACUCAGAAGCUUGCAUAGAAUACAAAAAACAAGUAAAUGGCAGAAGAUACUUGAAUGUAUACCUGGUUAGGUCUAGGAUGUUGACAAGAAAAUGUUUAAGUUGGCCCUAAGGUAUGGCUGAGAGAAGGCUGACUGCCAGCAGUUGAGGGCCGAGUCAAGCCAUGUUUACAUGCAGGGUUUCCCACAUCAGUGGUGACACUGGGAAGCAGCCCCGGCACUUUCCUCUCCUGAGUCCGGCAGACUCAAAGAAAACCUCCUUAGUGUAAAACCAGGUCAGUAUUUCUUACUGUGCUUCAGGUCAUUAAAAAGACAGAGUGGAGGCACUUUAUUGCUGCUACAGGUAGGGUGUGUCAGCAUUAAGAUAAUUUAAAGCAGGGAGGGUCUCUAUCUCUUCUUGAGGUUUUCAGGUAUCAUUAUGCAAAUAUGAGAUUUUUCAAAAUUUGUGACAUUUGCCUCUGGUUUUUUUUUUUUUUUUUUGGGGGGGUACUAUACCAAAGUAGUCUGUAACUAGGUUAUCAAUUCAAAAUGUCUUGUACUUCAGAGUGAAGAAAUAGCUACUUCCUCACUGACAGAACCAGGCAUGCAGGAGGAACAGAAGUAAACUGUGUUCCUUUAAAAAUAUUAGUUAAUGCCCAGAGCUGGCAUUGCCAUUUCCUCCACUCUGAGAAGUGGCCAUCUGUCAGCACUGAGGCCUGCAGGGAUGAGCAUAGAGACACUUAGGUGAGCUGUCCAAGUCCAGUUACUCUUCCACUUCCAGUUUAAUAGGGCACCUUGAGGUGCACUGCCCAGCAUGGUUUAGCUUAACUGUUGAGUAAUUUUAGUCUGUUUUUAAAUGUUUCUGUCGCUUAUGAAAUUUGGUUUCAGCACACAUAGUUGCUUUUCCCUCUCUUCUUGUGACUUGGUAUAAACCUCUAUUUAACUCAAGUUCUAGGUCAGAAUGUCCUUUGUUCCAUGUUUGCAAUAAUUGCUUCCUUGGUAACAAAGGUAUUUUUGAAAUAUACUCUGGGCUGUUGAUGUGAGAGACAAGCAUUGCUUUACUAUCACUAGCUUAGCAUUGAAUUGUUUGGGUGCCGACAGAGCAGACCGACCUUAAGCUACUUUUGAUGCCUUCAACAAGUGGCCUAGUCUUCUCCAUCAGCAAAUUUACCAGACUGUAGUUGCUUCUUUCCAGUGGUCUUUCCUUUUGUUAAAUCUAUAGCAAUGAAUAUAGAUUUAACUCAACUUUCAAGAAUCUUUCAAGUUCUUUCAAGAAUCAUAGGCAGAUAAUCAACUUUCAGUUAGCCUCUUAAGGAAGGGAAAAGCAGCAGUUGCUGCCAAGAAUUCCCAAAUUAUGUGUUUGGCAUUGCAUUCUAUUUUAUACUUAGCAUUGAAUAUGAGUAACAUGGUCAUCCUGAAUUUAUAGUUGGGACAAAACAGUAAGAGAGACCUAACUGGGACACAGCCAGCACUAGCCUAAUCUGAGCUACUCUUUUUUCUCUGCAAUUGUGGUUCAUUGCUUCCCUGGUUUAGAAUUGAGGGGUCUGAGUGGGUCAGACCUAUCAGGCAAGAAAGCAUACUAAUAGUGUGAAUUAGAUAUACAGAUUCCUUGCUCUGCUUAAUCAUGUUAAGAAACUGAAUCAGCACUUAUAAAGCACAUACUUGUUAUGUGCUAGGCUCUGCCUCCUGGCCUGUAGAUAAUGAAGGCAACCUAGGGAAUACCAUCAGAGAAGUGCUCACUGUAUUUGGGUGUUACAAAAGCAGACCUAGAUAAGAUGUUCACUUAAAUGGUACCUGUUGGUCAGAAAAAGAAUUUAUUUAAAGAUUAUGAUCAUGUAAAAUGACAGUACUCAACCCUUCUAGCAAAAUAUUUUUUUGAAAAAUAAACUAAAUGCCUUUAUAA